AUGCCACGUUUAGUUAAAAUUUGUGGUAUUAAAACUAUAGAAGCAGCAAGUGUUGCUAUUGAUAAUGGAGCUGACUUACUUGGAUGUAUCUUAGUACCCAAUAGAGCCAGAACAAUCUCACAUGAAAUAGCUCAACAAAUUUCCAUCAAUGUCAAAAAGGCAAGGGAAUCCAGAAAUAGAAAGUUAAAAACACCAACUGAGAUCCAAGAAUAUUUAUCAAUGAAAUCAUUUACAGAUCCUAAUGAAUAUUUUGAAACAAUAUCACAAGUAUUGAUUGAAAACGGGCCGUUUUUAGUUGGGGUGUUCAGGAAUCAAUCUAUUGAAGAAGUAUUUUCCAUAGCGAAUGAACUACAAUUAGAUUUUAUUCAAUUACAUGGAAGUGAAGAUAAAGUAGAUUUUAUAGAAAGAAAUGGAGAUUCAAGGUUUGGAAUAAUUCCAAGAUAUGUCAUACCCAAAGAGCUUGAAGGUUUGAAAGUUCAACUGGUUGAAUUAAUGAAGAAACGUUCUUUAAGUAUACCGUUGUUAGAUUCCGAAGCUGGCGGAGAAGGUAAAGUUAUAGAUUGGGAUUAUAUAAGUGAGAACUUGGGAUUUACAAGAGUCAUACUUGCAGGGGGUCUUCAUCCUGGAAAUUUAAAAGAUACGGAAACUAUUAAAAAUGUCAUUGGAUAUGAUGUAAGUGGAGGAGUUGAGGAUGAACAAGGAAAUAAAGACUUACAAAAAAUCAAAGAUUUUAUUAAAAUUGGAAAAGCACUACCCUAA